GCAAUCGCUAAGAACUUCCUUUAGCUUUAGAGCACGAGGGCUUUGCUUUGAGUUUAGUAUCAAGAAGCGAAGAUCAAAAGUCGCAUGCAAUUCCGUUUGAUUGGCGUGAAGCAACCAUGGAAAUCUCCCUCAACGUCAUUAUAUGGUUGAUGAUUUUGCUAAACACAAACCUCCCUAUUUCUGGGUGCCGUUUUGGUUGUGAUUCUGGCCAGGCGUGUUGUGGCUAUCGAUGCGUCGAUGCUUCUGACUGUAGUGGACAAUCCUGCGUUAGGGCUUCUGAUUGCUCCAUAGGCCAAAGCUGUUGCAACGAAAAGUGUUUGAAUAUUGGCUCGUUUUGUGCUGAACAGUCAUGCUUAUCUGACCUAGAUUGCCCAGCUGGACACGCUUGCUGUAGAGAAAAGUGUGUACGCGGUUCGGACUGCAAAGGUCUGUUUUGCAACAGAUAUAGUGAUUGCUCAAAAGGCCAGCUUUGUUGCAACAAGAAGUGUUCAACCGUUUCCUACUGUGAUGAGAAGUUCCAGUCUUGUAUAAUUAACGACGACUGCUUUGCAGAACAAGUUUGCUGCCAUGAUAAAUGUGUGAACGGUUCUGAUUGCAGAGCACAGUCUUGUGAAUAUGAUUCUGAUUGCUCUUCAGAACAGUCUUGCUGCAACCAUAAGUGUGUGGAUGAUUCUGAUUGCAGAGGAAAGUCUUGUCAUACUAAAUUUGAUUGUUCCACAGGACAAGCUUGCUGUAAUGAUACGUGUAUCUAUGGUUCUAGCUGCAUAGGAAGGUCUUGUGAUACUGACUUAGACUGUUCUGAAGAAAAUUCAGAAGCUUGCUGCAAUAACAAGUGUGUACCAUUUUCGGACUAUGAAGGAUCAUAUUGCGACACUCACUUAGAUUGUGCUUUAAGACAAGCUUGCUGCAACCACAUGUGCGUCCAUGGUUCUGUGAAUGACUGCGCAGAACAGUUUUGUGCUGCUGACUACGAUUGCCCUAAAGGAAAAGAUUGCUGCAACCAUAAGGGCGUCGAUGGUUUCAAGUGCAAUACAACAACUUCAAAAAUGAUGACUUCUCUACUGAUUAUACUCCUUACAGCAUUUACAUGCAUUAUUUGUGUUGUCGCAGUAAUAUAUUUGUACAACAGAAAACGAAAGAGGCUGGCAAAGGCAGCGGACAGUGAAAGAGAUGAAACUCCUUUGGUCGACACCGACCAUACGGCAGAACAAUCGGUUUAAAGUGCAAAUGAACCCUUCAACAAUACUUUCAGUACUGAUUCUACAUGAAGUGAAUAGUUGAAUCGUAAAAUAUUUCUUGAUUUGAGUGAUGCGUCU